AUGGCGGAACAAUCGCCUUCGACUCCAUCUAAAACCUCUACAACCACAACAAUGGGAGAGCCCAAUUCGAUUCAAUCCGAACCCGAAAAUAAGGAACCCCAUCCCGAUCCAUCAUCAUCACUACCUCAACAAUCAUCCACUCCACCUCCAAACCUUACCAAUCCAACCUCAAUUGUACCUCCACAACCGGCUCCGCUCCUUGCGCCGCCGUCCAUUCCCACCUACGCUGGCGGCGCCGUUGUUCCUUCCUUUCGCCCUGCAACGCAGACCGUUGUGCAGUUCUCAGCGCUUCCUCCGAACCCUAGUUUGCCCCAGCCGAUGAGUUACCUGCCUCCGGCUUCGGGUCCCUUAAGUGUCCCGCCGCCGGGUGUUGUGUUGCCUCCGCCACCGCCUAAUGUGAGCGUGGCUGGGCAAGUUCCUUUGGGGUCUUCAGUUUCGCCUGUCGUUCAGACGUUGCCGUAUGCUCAGCCCGGCCAGCCUAUUAGGGCUCCAUUUGCGCCUAUGCCCAAUGGCUAUCCAAUGCCCCAGACAGCUCCUCCGGGCUCCGUUCCUCCUCCCGGGAUUUUGCGUUAUCCUACUCCAUAUUCCCCUAUGAUUCGACCGGCAUAUCCUUCGCGACCAGUUGUUCAUGGUGGUGUCAUUCCUCCGCUGCCACGCCCUCCAAUUCUUGGGCUGCGUCCUCCAAUAGUUCCUCCUGUUGUUCGCCCACCAGUCCCGAAUGUUGCAGCGCCUGAGAAACAGACGACAGUUUAUGUUGGAAAAAUAGCACCAUCAGUGGAAAAUGAUUUCAUACUCGCUCUCUUGCAACUUUGUGGGCCUGUCAAGAGUUGGAAACGUCCUCAGAAUCCAACAGAUGGAACCUUCAAAGGUUUUGGGUUUUGUGAGUUUGAUUCUGCUGAAGGGGUACUUCGUGCGCUACGGCUACUCUGUAAAUUAAAUAUUGAUGGACAAGAGUUAAUGCUGAAAGUUAAUCAAGCAACUCAAGAAUAUUUAGAGCAAUUUGUUGAAAAGAAAAAGGAAGGCUUGAAGAACAAAGAAGUUGGAGCUGAAACUGAAACUGAGAAUAAUAAGAUGGAUGAAGUAGGUGGAUCUGGUGAUAAAAAGAUUGAGACUGCAUCUGUGGAAUUGCCAAAGCCCGUGACGGAAGAAUCUGCAAAAGAUGGAAAUGAAACCACGGAUAAAGAGAAUAGUGAUGCUUCCAGCUUUGGCGUUGUAAAUGAUGAAGAUCGACAAGCUGACAAAGAGGCUUUGGAGAAGCUUACAGAGAUGAUGGAGGAGAGGUUGAAGAAUAAACCAUUACCUCCUCCACCUCCUCAUCCUUCUGCUCCUGGAUCUUCAAACUUGGAAGGUCCUGCUAAGCCGAGAGAUGGGGAGAUGGAUAUUGAUGGAAAAGAACCUGCACAUGCAAAUGAGACGAACAGUGAAAGUAAACCCUCAGGUGAACAGGACAGGUCAGAAACAAGCUCCCCUGAUCGUGACAGGAGGCUUGACAGGAAAGGCAGAGACCGUGAGCGAGAUAUGAAGCGAGAAAAGGAAAGGGAAUUGGAAAGGUAUGAAAGAGAACGUGAGCAGGAACGGGCCAAGCGAGAGAAAGAAAGAGAAUAUAGGCUACGCGAUGAUGAGCGUAGGUUUAAGGCACGGGAAAAGGAGUGGGAAUCCAGAGAAAAAGAGAAAGAGCACUGGCGGCAGCGAGAGAAAGAGAGGGAGAAGGAAAGAGCAAAGGCGCGCAGGGAGGAAAUAUUAGCACAUGAGCGUGAGACUGAUGGUGGUUAUAGCAAAAAGAGGAAAUAUAGGAGUAGUGACGAAGAAAGGAGGAGGAUACAAAGGGAGAAGGAUGAAGACUUGGCUGACAGAGUAAAAGAAGAGGAGGAGGUUGCUGCUGAGGCUGAAAGGAGGAGGGCAGAGGAAGAGCAAAAGAGGAAACAACAGGAGGAAUUAAAAUUGUUAUCAGGCAGUCGGCCUAAUGGAAACGUUCUCCCUGAAGAAAAUAAUCUCAGAAGCAAUGACAUGGAUGUCGAUGAGCAGGCUUCUAGAUGUAAUUUGGGUGCAGGUGCUGGGGACAUUCAAAAUGGUAGUGGUGAUGAGAUCAUGAAUGCCUCUCUUUCUGCCACCGAUGGCCGGCAAAACAGUAGUGUACCAGCCAAAAAAUUGGGUUUUGGGCUGCAGGGAUCCGGAAAGAAAGCCUCAGUACCUUCUGUGUUUAACCAAGAUGAGGAUGAGGAUAUGCAGAAGCUGAAGAAGAUGAGGCCUCUGGUUCCUAUUGAUUACUCAACCGAGGAACAGCUAGCUAUCCAGCCUUCAACGUCUGAGGCAAUGGUUGAUACAGAACUUGCGAGACGUGUAUCAAGUUCUACUCAAAAAGAUGACAGAGCUGACAAGGAUAAGGAUAGAAGUAGUAGGAGGUUGAAUGAUCGAUCUGGCCUGCGUGAUAGAGAAAGAAGUAGUGAUGAGGUAACACGUAACAGAGUUGAGAGCAGGAAAGAGAGUUUAGACCAUGACAGGCCUCGAGACUCAGGAGUUGAUAAAGUAAAGACAAAUGAUAAUCAGAAACUUCUGGAUGCAAAACAGUUGAUUGAUAUGAUUCCAAAGACCAAAGAUGAGUUAUUUUCAUACGCGAUUAACUGGGCAACAUAUGAUCAGAAUGCGUUGGACGAGCGGAUGAAACCUUGGAUCUCUAAGAAGAUAACAGAAUUUUUGGGAGAGGAAGAACCCUCUUUGGUAGACUACAUUAUGUCCAGCACCAGGGAACAUGUAGCAGCAGCUGAGAUGCUGGAUAGGCUGCAGGGUAUCUUGGAUGAUGAAGCUGAGAUGUUUGUGCUAAAGAUGUGGAGGAUGCUUAUCUUUGAGAUUAAAAAAGUCGAAACCGGCCUUGCUUUGAGGACUAGGGCAUGA